AUGGACAGUGAUUAUGGCCCAUCUCGACGCUCCGAACAGACUUAUCGGCCUGGUGAUCCCGUAGGAAAUCCUACACGUCCUCUUCAGCCACACCAGCCGCAUCAGCAGUCCACUUCCUCGCCCAUACGUGGCUCAGAGACUCGUGGCCCGGCAGCGUUGGCUGGUCUGUCUGCAGAGGCAGACGGCCGCCACACGACGAGUCGCCAUCAUUCUGUCGGGGCAAGAGAUGCUCCGACAAAGCGGCCACCGGAGAGGAGGACCACCAACAAAGGGCUUUGCGAGAGCGAGUUGGAGGAGGAUGAGGCAGAGGAGGAGGAAGAUGAUGAAGAUGAGGAGGAUGAUGAAGGACAACACAUCUGUCAGGUACAAUCCCAUGUCGAUACAAAAUUCUGCAGGCAUUCUUUUAUAGCUCACAUUUGGCGGAACCAGAGGUGA